CAAUAACUUAGAGAUAAGAAAGCAGACGGAUCGAUCAGUUUAAGGAUGGUAGACUUUUGGUGCCAAAAGUGGAAGCUGCCACUAUUGUUGUGUCUCACAGGACUGCUGCAGUGGGAUCUGUGCAGUGGUCAGAUUCAGGUCCAGAUCCAGAAAGGUCCUCUGUAUAGAAUGAAAGGAUACCCCAUCUCCAUAUCCUGUAAUGUUACAGGGUUUACAGGGCCAUCUAAACAGGAUUUUGAGUUCAUUCUCAAGAAACAAAAUAUGGAGUUAAAUAUGAUCAGUACCAGUGACCCAAACUUUGCCUACGGAAUGUUCUCCGAUAGAAUAAGAAAAAAAGAGAUUUAUAUUGAAAGGCUGUCAGGAUCUUCAGUUAUCUUGUGGAUCAAAGCUUUGCAGGAGAAUGAUGCAGGUGAUCUGCUCUGUGCGACCCUACACACAGGUGGUGAAUAUUUCGGAGAUUAUGGUGCUGAGUCAAAGCUUAAUGUGAUAGCAGACACCCUGGAGGCAUCGUACUCGGCCUCUCCCUCACAGAGCUUGUCUGAAGGGGAUCCUCUUCAGCUUGAGUGCCAGGUCUCCAGCCAGACUUGUCAACACUCUCAUCUGUCGGUCACCUGGUUUCUUCAUGGUGAAGAUGAUGAAAACCCCCGGCCAAUCAUUACUCUGGACAAAGAUCUGACUGUAAAGCCAGGAGCUGGAUUUGAGGAUCGCUAUCGUGCUGGUCUUAUCAGCAUGGAUAAGGUGGAGGACACAACCUACAGACUGAAGAUGCCUCAAGUGCAGCAGUCCGACCAGGGGAAGUUCUUCUGCAAAGCCAUUGAGUGGAUCCAAGACCCAGACCGUUCCUGGACACAGAUUGCCCACAAAACCACCAAAGCAUGUGAUGUAGAGAUUAAACGAAUCGAGAGUAAUCUGGCGGUGGUCAUGCUGAUGAAUGAUGCGGUGACUGAGGGAGAUGCACUACAUGUCUCCUGCUCAGUGUCAGGAUUCAAGGGUCCUUUAUCAGUGUCAUGGCAACACAAGAAAGCCCUGAGGGCUUUCUUCAGUGAUGUCGUUAGUCUGACCCAUGAGGGAGUGAUGAAAGAUGUUGGGGCAAGGUAUCAGAGCAGAAACGUCCAGACAUUUCAUUCUCCAGCUGGAAGCUUUACUCUACAGCUUGGUGUUUCUUCUAUAUCUGACAGCGGAGAAUAUAAGUGCAUUGUGUCUGAAUGGACAGUACAGAGCAAUGGAGAGAUGAAAGCCAUCACCCAAUCUCAGCAAAAAGCCAUUACAGUUAAAUCUGUUGAAUCUCUAAUGGCGGUGAGCUUGACAAGUCGUACAACAAUUGUACCUAUAGAUUCUCCAGUACAACUGCUAUGUCGAGUCAGAGGGCCUAAAGUGUCUUUGGCUCUACGCUGGAUGUUUCAGCCCCACAAUUCAGCUGCUCAAAUAAAUAUUGUAUCCAUAAGUCACACUGGAGAAAUGGAAUGGAGAGCAGAUCAGAGAAACUAUCAGCUGAACAUUCAAGCACAGCCGGGAGACACUCGUUUCACUCUCAUGGUGCCGAGAGCCAGCAAACAACAAGAAGGACAGUACCAGUGUCAAGUUGAUGCCUAUCAAAAGGAUGUACAGAAAGCCUUUAAGAACUCCAACCUGUUAGCUGUGAUUGUAAACAAACCUGACAGCAAGAUGAGCCUGCUCUCACCCACUUCUCGUCUGGAAACCACUGUCGACACUGAUGCUAAGCUUGAAUGCUCAGUCAUGAAGACAACCACAAAUACGUCUCGUUUCACAGUAACAUGGAUGUUUGGGUCCCAGGUGCUCUUAACUAUGGACUUAGAUGCUGUUGUCAAGUUUGGCCCUGCAGCCGGCCUAGAGAUGGACCAGAGGAUCCGUUUGGAAAUAAGACAGAAACAGAACUUCCAGCUGACUAUCCAGCAGGUCAGAACAUCUGACAGUGGACAAUAUCACUGUGAGGUGGAAGAGUGGCUCCAGGAUCCUCUUGGUGACUGGUAUUCCCUCAAGAAAAUGUCUGUUUCCACAGAGCUGGUUGUCAAAGAGAAAGCCAGUUAUUUCAAAAUGAAUAAAGCUGAUACUCAGUUGAAGGUUGAAGAGGGAAAGCAGGUAAAGUUGAAAUGCUCAGUGGAGGGCAUUGGGUCUGAUCCCACUCUUCGUUACUCCCUUACCUGGAUGUUUAACCAAUACCAGUCCACCACUUCUGCACUUCUGACAUAUAGCCAUGAUGGCCUUCUGAAGUACAAAAGCUUUGACUCAGAGCUUGUGGGGCGACUUCACUUCUCCACCCCAGAAGUGGGUGUCUUUAACUUGACUAUCCAUAGAUCCAUCCAGGAAGACAGGGGGCAUUACUACUGUGAAGUUCAACAGUACCAGCUGGACUGUAAAGGUCAAUGGUCACGCAAGGCAAGGGACAAGUCAGGUUUUACCAAUGUUACUGUUCAGCUUAUAGAGAACAAACUGCAGGUUAACAAGGAGGAAAAAAGCCUGACCAUUACCAAUCUACAAGCAGGGUUCACCAUUGACUGUGUCAUUAAGUCACGGUCCAGUGAUAAAUCUUUGUUUGAGGUGACUUGGUCCAGGGGCCUGAUAAAUGAACGACCUGUCAUCAUCUUCAAUGCCAGCCGUGAUGGUACCUUACACAGUGCAAUCGAUGAUAAAGAGCUGGUGUUUGGACGCCCAAGUGCCAUGCGAUAUAAGCUGACAGUGCCAAACGUCAACCCCACUGAUACUGGCCUUUACCACUGUCAGGUUGUUGAAUGGAUUCAGACUGCUGCAAAUAAGUGGAGAAGUAUAGGUCAAGACAUGUCUGGGAAGAUAUCUGUCCAUGUUGACACUGAGGAACAACAAAAAAAUUUCAGCUUUACCAUGGACAAGAAAGACAAUAAUCUUGACAUCAAAGAAGGAGAGCAGUUUGAUCUUGAAUGCUCCCUGAAUAUAGAAAAAGAUGACCCUACUCAUCACUACAGUCUCAGAUGGGUGUUUAAUAGACCAGGGUCAACUAGUGGGAUACCUUUACUGUCCUACUCUCAUGAUGGUCGUCUACAGUACCAUUCAGGGAAUCAGGACAGGUUACGCUUCUCCAGACCUAAUUCUGAUACUUUCCAUCUGGCAGUAUUAAACUCUGAUAAAGCUGAUAGUGGAAGCUACCAGUGCAGAGUUGAGCAGUACCAGCAUGAUUGUAAUGGCCAGUGGAAACCAAUGGCACGUGCCCAGUCAGGCACUACUACAGUCACAGUUCGCAGUAUCGAAAGAAAACUGCGUGUUCAGAAGGACAAUCAAAUGCUCAACAUUACAAAUCAUCAGACUUCAUUCACCAUUGACUGUGUCAUUGACUCACAAUCCAGUGAUACAUCUGUCUUUGAGGUCACCUGGUUCAAGGUUCAGGAAGAAGGACCACUCACCAUGUUCUCUGCCAGGCAUGAUGGGACCUUACACAGUGCAAUUCCUGAUAAAAACCUUUUGUUUGGACGACCACUUGCCACACACUAUAAACUGACUGUGCUACAGAUCAGCCCCACUGAUAUGGGGCAAUACUACUGUCAGGUUGAGGAGUGGCUUCUAACUUCUAACACCUGGAAGAAAUUGGCUUCAGAUAAAUCUGGAGAGCUCUCCAUCUACGUUCACACUGAAGAAAGUAAACUGCAUGUUCAGAAGAACAAUCGGAUGAUCAACAUUACGAACGAUCAGACUUCUUUCACCAUUGACUGUGUCAUUGACUCACAAUCCAGUGAUGCGUCUGUCUUUGAGGUCACCUGGUUCAAGGUUCAGGAAGAUGGACCACUCACCAUGUUCUCUGCCAGGCAUGACGGUACCUUACACAGUGCAAUUCCUGAUAAAAAUCUUCUGUUUGGACGACCACUUGCCACACACUAUAAACUGACUGUGCUACAGAUCAGCCCCACUGAUAUUGGGCAGUACUACUGUCAGGUUGAGGAGUGGCUUCUAACUGCUAACACCUGGAAGAAAUUGGCUUCAGAUAAAUCUGGAGAGCUCUCCAUCUAUGUUCACACUGAAGGUGAUUCUGAAAAACAGACAGACCCGUUGGGAACGGCACUGGGAGUCACCAUUCCUCUGAUUUGCUUUCUUGUUUUGGUCAUAAUAUUGUUGUUGAUAAAGGAUCACAAGAGGAAUUCUGAACUGAAGAAGAAGAAAGAGUGUCUGUGGGCUGAAAAUAACCCCCUUACUCCUCUACCUGAGGGGACUUGUGUUGCAGAGGAUCAUUCCUAGUAUUAGUGCAGUAAUACGCAAUUACAUACACAAAAUGUUGUUACUGAGGGAUAUCUAUUUUCAAAUUUAACUUACCCCUACAUUUAAGGAUAAUGUAUUUGCAUUGCUAUAAAUCCAUUUAUUAUGAGGCAAGAUAAGAAUAAUAUUUAAACCAGUGUUUCUGGUUUUGCUUCAGGGACUUGAUUUUACAUACAUACUAAACAAGAGUGUUUGUUUAUAUGAGCAUGACAGAUGUAACAGCCUUGUUUUUACAGUUUGAGCAUCUCUUGAGUUUCGAUUCGUACUCUUAACUAUUCAUUAAUCUCUCCUGAAAACAUAUUUCAUGUAUCUUAGGUUGCAUUUUACCUCGCUUAGUUUUGCUCUUUGUUUUUUGAGAAUGAUAUUUUUUAAUGCAACCUCUCUAUGCUAAUUUCUGCUGAGUGAAAGAAAAAAAAAAUGUGCCAGCAGUUUGUUUGUUUGCACAGUCUUCGAAGUCAACAUAAAAACAUAAGAAACAUGUUUUGCAAUUUGUAUAUAUUUUUUUUACUUGGUUUUUGCAGUUGUAAUUGCAUAUUAUUAUAGAGUUCACAUUUGAAUUGUGCUGUAUACAUAACAUGGCUAUAAUAAAAUUGAAGUUAUAGUUAUGAUGAUGCCAUAUGUUCAAUUGAAUGCAGUUCAGUUCAUGACAUUUACUUAUUAACUCUUUUUAGGUAUUCACGGGCAGUUCAAAAGUAACAGCAAUCACCGCACAUGCUGUGUAGACAUUUCCAUGGUAGACGGGAAGUCAAGAUGCUCUGAGCAGAUCUGUUUAGCAAUCACUAUGCAGUGGUUGUGGGUUUUUUUUUUAUUUAAUUUUUUUUGCUCAAGACUGUUGGGCUGAUCUCACAAUGAAGUCAAAGAGGAAAAUGCUUUCUUUGCAAAAGCACGGCGCAUGACUGAAACCACUAAAAGACAUUUGGUUUUUAAAGCCAGUUUACUGUCACUUUUUUGCCAUGGGAACCCUGGACAGAAGAAAGCCAUGUCAUGGUUUAUGAUAAAUGUGUGUAGUUUUUAAAUGUGUUUUGUAAUCGAUUUUAGAAUCUGUUUAACCCUUUUCAGUCAAUGUACGGUACUGCACCUAAAUAAAAGCUUGUCUGAGAUGUCAGCCCCACAUUCGGACACACCUUAUUUAGAAUUGUAGAUUUAGAUUUGUAAUCAUAAAAUGUUUUUUAGAAAAUAUA